AUGGAUAUGCAAUUUAUGUACGACCUUUUAGGGGAAAAUGCUUGGUUGUACAUCAGCGUUACCUUGGUGGUGCUGUGGACUAUAGUGUGGCUGUACAGAGACAGCCUGGAGAUUGAGGACAUCACUGACAAGUAUGUCUUUGUGACUGGCUGCGACUCAGGGUUUGGAAACCUGCUGUGUAAGAAGCUCGAUCGCAAAGGUUUCCGUGUGCUAGCUGGCUGUCUCACAGAAAAAGGGGCUGAUGACCUAAAGAGGGUGGCGGGGCCUUAUUUGAAGACUGUCUUGCUGGAUGUGACCAAUCAGGACAGCAUCCAGAAAGCCAUGGAGUGGUCCAAGAAGGAGGUUGGCGAUAAGGGACUUUGGGGUCUUGUGAAUAAUGCUGGACGCUCAUUACCCAUGGGCCCCUCUGAGUGGAUGAAAGUUGAGGAUUUUCACAGCACACUGAAGGUCAACAUGAAUGGAGUGAUUGCCAUGACAAUGACUUUCCUGCCUCUCAUCAAAAAGGCUCGUGGACGUAUUGUAAAUGUAGCAUCAGUGCUGGGCAGGGUGGCUGCAAACGGUGGUGGAUAUUGCAUCUCCAAGUUUGCAGUGGAGUCUUUCUCUGACUGUCUCAGGAGAGAUAUAAACUACUUUGGAGUCAAUGUGUGCAUCAUUGAGCCAGGGUUUUUCAAAACUGCAGUGACAAGCCUCGAUCCCCUUGAGAGGGAGCUGCAUCGCCUGUGGAACCAGCUCAGCCCUGAAGUGCAAGCCAGCUAUGGAGACAAGUACCUUGAUAAGUACAUCAAGGUCCAGCGUUUGAUCAUGAAUGCUGUUUGCGACUCUGACCUUACCAAGGUGACAAACUGCAUGGAGCACGCUCUGACUGCUGCCUACCCACGCACCAGAUACAGUGCAGGCUGGGAUGCCAAGCUUCUCUGGAUCCCCCUGUCCUACAUGCCUUCCUGUGUGGUUGAUAUUGGGCUAAAACUGGUGCUCCCUCGUCCUUCAAAGAGUGUGUAACUCAUGUUAACUUAAAAGACUUGAAGUUAUCAGUCUUUCUGUGUCAUUUUAAUGCAGUACAAAGUUUAGCUUAAAGAAAUUAAUAUUUUGCCUUUUAAAAUACCCAUAUCUAACACCUUAUCUACAUUGGCCAUGGAGUGAUCUGACAUUGCCAUUAUUCCAUUUAUAUGAGCAUAAUCUGCCAUGUAAAAGUAUUAAAUAGUUAGACAAUAUAUAAAAAAAACAAUGAAAAUGUAUUGUAUAAUUCACAAUGGAAUUAUUGUUUUGUUUAUUAACACUGUGCUGUGCCUUUUGACACUGUUAUUUAAGUUCCUUGAUAUGGAUCCUUAAUAUAUUAAACAUU